AUGACUAGCUUCCGCCGUAUCGCUCUUGGCCUUGCAGCUCUGCUGCCCGCCGUCCUCGCCGCUCCCACCGAGAAGCGACAGGAGCUCACUGCCGUGCCUGACAAGUAUAUCAUCACCCUCAAGCCCGAGGCUGCUGAGGCCAAGGUCGAGGCUCACAUGGCCUGGGUCACCGACGUCCACCGCCGCAGCCUCAGCAAGCGUGACACCUCCGGUGUUGACAAGAAGUUCAACAUCAGCAACUGGGCCGCCUACUCUGGCGAGUUUGACGAUGCUACCAUUGCUGAGAUCAAGAAGAGCCCCGAGGUUGCCUUCGUUGAGCCUGACUACACCGUCACCCUCGACUUCAAGGUUGAGCCCCUCGCUGACCGUGCUCUGACCACUCAGAGCAGCGCUCCUUGGGGUCUUGCUGCCAUCUCCCGCCGAACUUCCGGUGGCAGCACCUACACCUACGAUACCACUGCCGGUGCCGGUUCUUACGGUUACGUCGUUGACUCUGGUAUCAACGUCAACCACGUCGACUUCGGUGGCCGUGCUUCUCUCGGUUACAACGCUGUUGGUGGAUCCCACACUGACACCCUUGGCCACGGUACCCACGUUGCUGGUACCAUUGCUUCCAACACCUAUGGUGUUGCCAAGCGUGCCAACGUCAUCUCUGUCAAGGUCUUUGCUGGUGCCACUGGUUCCACCUCUACUAUCCUCGCUGGUUUCAACUGGGCUGUCAACGACAUCACCUCCAAGGGACGUGCUGGCCGCUCUGUCAUCAACCUGUCUCUCGGUGGUCCCGCCUCUCAGACCUGGACCUCUGCCAUCAACGCUGCCUACAGCCAGGGUGUCCUCUCCGUUGUUGCUGCCGGUAACGGUGACAGCAACGGUCGUCCUCUCCCCGUCUCUGGCCAGUCUCCUGCCAACGUCCCCAACGCUCUGACCGUUGCUGCCGUUGACUCCAGCUGGAGAACCGCCUCUUUCACCAACUACGGCGCCGGUGUCGACGUCUUCGGUCCUGGUGUCAACAUUCUGUCCACCUGGUACACCUCCAACAGCGCCACCAACACCAUCAGCGGUACCUCCAUGGCUUGCCCUCACGUUGCCGGUCUUGCUCUCUACCUCCAGGUUCUUGAGGGUCUUUCCACCCCUGCUGCCGUUUCCAACCGCAUCAAGUCUCUUGCCACCACCGGCCGCGUCACUGGCAGCCUCAGCGGCAGCCCCAACGCUAUGGCCUUCAACGGUGCUACCGCUUAA